AUGCUGAACGCCUGCAAAAUGGACGAGAAUGGGAAGAGCGCUGGUUCGUUACGCCACGUCAAGAAUACGCUGCUUAGAUCAUACCUCCAAAACGGAUUGAGGGGCCUCGCAAGUGAAUUGGAAUUUCAUAUGUACGCGGAGGAUGUCACCUCAAAAUAUUCGGCUCCCAAUCUCGAAGCACAGAAGAAAAUGGCAGAUCUGCGACGGCCAGCAGAGUGGUACCCACAAGCACGCGCGGUUCAGCGAACCAUCCAUCUGCAUGUUGGGCCCACAAAUUCGGGAAAGACGUACCAUGCGCUGAAGCGGUUGGAAACGUCCGGUCGUGGAUUCUACGCCGGGCCGUUGCGGCUACUGGCACAGGAGGUCUUCAACCGGUUUCAGGCGAAUGGAACCUCCUGUAGUCUCAUCACCGGUGACGAAGUGAAGCUCGCGGAGGAUGGGAAGCCCUCCAAGAUCGUCAGCAAUACCGUUGAGAUGGUUAGCUUGGGAGACACUUACGAGGUGGGCGUCAUUGAUGAGAUCCAGAUGAUCGCGGACCCUCAUCGAGGGUGGGCUUGGACUCGUGCCGUGCUCGGGGCUCGUGCCACGGAACUUCAUCUCUGCGGUGAACUGAGGGCGGUUCCCUUGAUUAAAGAGCUGGCUGCUCUGACGGGUGACAAGCUCGAAAUCCACCGCUACGAGCGCCUGAACCCAUUGAAAGUUCAGAAUCGAAGUCUCAAGGGCGAUCUUAGGAAUCUCCAGAAGGGAGACUGUUUAGUGUCAUUCUCCCGUGUCGGUAUUCACGCUUUGAAAGCAGACAUCGAGAAGACCACUGGAAAGCGAGCGGCUAUUGUUUACGGAAGUCUGCCGGCCGAGAUCCGGACCCAACAAGCCAGGCUCUUCAACGACCCUGACAACGAUUACGAUUUUCUAGUUGCCAGUGACGCUAUUGGUAUGGGUCUGAACUUGAGCUGCAAGCGCGUCAUAUUCGAAACUCUGAUUAAGCGUGUCCCCGGCGGGCUCCAAAGACUGACCGUACCCGAGAUCAAGCAGAUUGGUGGACGGGCUGGUCGAUAUCGAUCUGCCAUGCAACAUGAAUCAGACGGCUCGGAAGACGAAAACGUUGGUUGGGUGACUUCUUUAGAAGAUAUCGAUCUCCUCUACAUCCGCGAGGCAAUGGAGACAGAACCCCCUCCGCUCGUGUCUGCCGGGAUCCUCCCUCCGGACUCGGUCUUCCAGAAGAUCUCAGCAUACUUCCCGCAAAAUGUUCCACUGGAAUAUCUAGUCAAGCGGUUGUCGGUGGUCUCGCAGGUUCACCCAUUGUUUUUCUUGUGCGAUCCACGGAAUCAGCUGGAGAACGCCGAGGUCAUUGAUACCGUAGACGGGUUGCGGAUGGCAGACCAGCUCACAUUCAUGGCAGCGCCUAUGCACACUAGGCUCAUCGCCGGCCGCGACGCUGCCGUUGCCUUUAUCCAAUGCGUCGCCGACCAUUCCGACGGUCGUCUGUUGGAUAUUGAGGCGCUCAAUCUCGAGAUUCUCGAAGAGCCUGUGUCCGGUAACAAGGAAUAUCUCAACGAGCUGGAAACAUUGCACAAGUCGGUCAUCUUGUAUCUGUGGCUCAGUUAUCGGUGUGGUGGAGUCUUUACGGAUCGGGCGUUGGCUUCCCAUGUCAAGCAGCUGGUUGAGGAGCGGAUGGUCAGGGCCUUGACCGAAUUCUCGGCCAACAAGAAACUCAGAAAGGACGCCUCUCUUCGACGCCAGAUUGCGCUGGCCAAGCAGAUGCGGGAGGAGAAAGAAUUACUUGCUGACGCCGAUGUUGACUCAUAUGGCACUGAGGACGAGACCGCUGCCGUCAAUCUUUCGACUGAGGAAAACCAAUUGGAGGAGCCAGUGGAAGAAGCAGCUCCCCAAGCACGCACUGUUUAG